AUGGCGAGUACCACGCCGUCUACUGGUGACAACAAGCGCACGAUGUCUGCAGCCUCCAACCUACGCCAUUCCCAAACCGCUCGACCGUCCUCCCCUCAUACACCUCAGCAGCAGCAGCGAUCGGGCAACGCAUCGUUCGCCAGCACGACAUCGCCGGGCUCGUCCUUCCGAAACGAAGACGACGCGAUCAUUUUUGAGAUAGGUGCCCGUUGGAUUCGGGCAGGCUUUGAGGGCAACGGCAGUCCGGUAUGCACGGUGGGAUUCGGCCCUGAAGAAUCAAGACGAGUGGGAGACUACCGGGGUUGGAUUCAGGGAGCUUCUGGCGUUGGAACGCUGCCACAACCUGUCAAUGCGGAGGAUUGGGUACGAGACUAUGAGCUGUGGAGGCACGAUCUACGAGAUGUCGACCUGGGUCUGGUCGAGGAUAAAAUCGAACGCGCCUUUCGCGAAACCUACAACCAGCACCUGUUAACCGACGCCGGUUCCUCUCGUCUCGUCCUGACCCUCCCGUCGCUCAUGCCGCACCCAUUAUUAUCCUCGCUACUUUCUACAUUGUUCGAUCGCUGGCGCUUCCCCAGCGUCACCCUUCUCUCGAGCGCGACCAUGUCUGCAACUGCGGCAGGACUGCGCUCUGCUUUGGUGGUAGACAUUGGCUGGGCAGAGACCACCGCAACAGCCAUUUACGAGUAUCGGGAGGUUACAACAAAACGGAGCACAAGGGCAAUGAAGCCUCUCAUGCAGGAAAUGGGUCGGCUUCUGACUGCUCUGUCCUCUGAUAACGUCUCGGAGCAAGCUGCCAAAGAUGAGAUCGCCGUGGGAUUCACAUACUGCGAGGAGGUUACGACUCGCUUCGCCUGGUGCAACCCACACGGAGACGUUGGUGGAUCGGCACCUGAUCCAGGCCGGACCAUCUCAAUACCCUCCCCGACCAGCCCGGAGAAAGACUUUUGUGAUAUCCCGUUCGCGCGUCUUUCGGAGCCUGUUGAAAAGGUCCUCUUUGCGUCAGGAGUAGCGGAGUAUGAAAUGGACGACGAAGAGAAGUCGAUACCUUUGCUUCUUUACAACACUCUUCUCACUCUGCCUCCCGAUGCCCGGGGUACAUGCAUGUCACGCAUCGUGUUCGUGGGUGGCGGUUCUCGAAUUCCUGGAUUGCGACAACGGAUUCUCAAUGAGGUGUCAUCGUUAAUUGACCGAUAUGGCUGGAGUGCGAUCCGAGGCAAGGUCCUCGAGCGACAACGACAACGAUUAGAGCAAAUGAAGAUUUCAUCACAGAGCAACGGAGAAGCGCCUUCAACAAACAAUGACUCUGCGUCUUCCCCUGAUGAAGAGAAGCCAGAUCCAUCUCGAGAAGAACCCGAGAUCGAUUUCGUCGAACAGAAACUUCGUCGCCAGAACAAGGACACACCCGUCUCUGUCCAGGGAGUUAUUCGAGAGGUCGAAUCCCUUGGCGCAUGGGCUGGUGCCAGCUUAGUGACAAGCCUGAAGAUUCGAGGAAUGGUUGAGAUUGAGCGAGAGAAGUUCCUGCAGCAUGGACUGGCUGGGGCGACUCGAGAUUCAGAGCCGCCGGUCCCUGAUCGCCGAUCGGGUUUGAAGGCUGGUGACCGAUCAAGCUGGACCUUGGCCGGCUGGGCGUGA